GGCGGACUUCCUGUUUCCGGUUGGGGCCUCAGAUUCAGACUCAGAACUAUAUAGGUUGUGCUGUGUGUGACUGUCGGUUAGCCCCACCCGCUGUCCUCCUGUCACUCUAGUUUCUAGUUCCUUCCAGUGAGUUCUUCGUCUUCGCUGCCGUCCUGUUCCUUGUGCUGUUCUCCAAGCGUGGGUGACAACUAUGGAUUCGCGGAAGCUGCAUGAGCUGCGGGAGUUCGUCCGGCUGUGUCAGAGCAAUCCAGAUGUCCUGCAUAGCCCGGAGCUCCGCUUCUUCACAGAAUGGCUGCUCAGCUUGGGAGCAUCUGUCCCCUCCCCACCUUCCAAAGAGUCUUAUACAGAAACAAAACAGGAUGACCCUGUGAAAGAAGAAACUGCCACAACUCCUCCAACACCAGAGAGUGAAGAAAGUGACUUGGAGAUUGAUAAUGAAGGAGUAAUUGCUCCAGAUGAUGAUGCUCCUCAGGAGAUGGGAAACGAUGACAUAGAGGUUACAGAAGAAAUGAUGGACCAGGCAAAUGAAAAGAAAACGGAGGCAAUUAAUGCUUUGGGAGAUGGUGAACUUAAAAAAUCCAUUGAUUUGUUUACUGAAGCCAUAAAGCUGAACCCUCAGCUUUCCAUUUUAUAUGCAAAAAGAGCAAGCGUUUAUGUGAAGUUACAAAAGCCCAACGCAGCUAUCCGCGACUGUGAUAAGGCUAUUACUAUCAACCCUGAUUCAGCACAGCCAUACAAGUGGCGAGGAAAGGCACACAGGCUCCUGGGACACUGGGAAGAAGCAGCGCAUGACCUGGCCAUGGCAUGUAAAUUGGACUAUGAUGAAGAUGCAAGUGCCAUGCUGAAGGAGGUGCAGCCACGUGCCCAGAAAAUUGCAGAACACCAGCGUAAAUAUGAACGGAAACGGGUAGAAAGGGAACUCAACGAGAAAAAAGAACGACUAAAAAAAGCUAAAGAAGAACAUGAAAAAGCACAGAGGGAGGAAGAGGAAAGGCGUCAAGGAGCACAGUUUGGAGGUUUCCCAGGGGGAUUCCCAGGAGGAUUCCCAGGUGGCAUGCCUAACAUGGGUGGCAUGGGUGGAGGAUUCCCAGGUGGCAUGCCUGGAAUGCCAGGUGUCAAUGAAAUCCUAUCUGAUCCAGAAGUUUUGGCUGCUAUGCAGGAUCCUGAAGUGAUGGCUGCAUUUCAAGAUGUAGCUCAAAACCCAGCCAACAUAUCGAAGUAUCAGAGCAACCCAAAAGUCAUGAACCUGAUUAGCAAGUUAUCUACUAAAUUCGGAGGCAGCGCAUAACUUUAAAUAUAUUUUCAGCGACAGUAUUAUGGUGAAGAAAUGUAACUGAGAAGAUCUCAUGGACAUCUCCGUGUUCUCACAACUGUCCUCUUGUCUCUUAUUCUUUGUGACAUGACAUGGCUGUAUAAAUACUGUACAACAGAUAACAAAAGGUUAAAAAAAAAAAACCAUAUAUUCUGAUAAUUGAAAUGUUUAUAGAUCUGAAAGAUGACAUACAUUAUGUUUUUUCUUUGUUUCUUAUUUCAAUCUUAGCUGGAUUAUACUAAAGACAAUUUGAAUAACUGGACAUUUUUCACAAAAAUCAAGAAUGCCACUUCUCUUAGCAAUAUCUUUUUGAGUUGCAAUAUAAUAAACACUGAACUGUAAAAAGAAAA